GUGGUGGUAACUGGCCAAGGAUGUUUAGUGGAGGGGAAACCUGCCUAUCUUUCUGGGCCCUUUUACACCUCAGUACUGCACACCCCAUGCCUUAGAUAGGAUCAUCGGCCCCAGAAUUGCCAAAGUAUCUGUUUCUGUCAUUGCUACAUAGUCUGUAGCUUCACAUAUGAUAGAAGUCACUGUUUCGCAGCUAUGUUAGACUGGAAGUUGCCUCUGGUCAUCCUAGGAGGCAGACUUUGUGAGCAGAGAGGAACUUCCACGAUAUGUGGCACAAGGAUGUGAAAAUAAGGGAGACUAUUCCCUUGGAGGCAGGCUGUAACGAUUAAGCUUUCGGCAAAACAUUUGUUGACACUGUGGAUGUGGACAUUUUUGAAGUGGCAAUGGUGGUGUUUUUUUGUUUUGUUUUGUUUUGUUUUGUUUGUUUGUGUGUGUGUGUGUGUGUUUGUUUUCUUUUUGCCGUGGCUCCUAGUAGCAAACUUUGCAAGUGUCCCUGACAUAACAAUACCUAACUUGGAAAAAACAUGUACCCUGUGGAAUGUUAGGGCCAUUGGUCAUGUUGAAAAACCCAUGUUUUGUUGUUCUUUGGGAGGCUUUCCCUGCUCUCAAACAAGCUGUCUGUAAAAUGUUUCACUCCACCCUUCCGUGACCUCAGUAACCCACAGUGGCAGAUUCCUGAACAGCAGUGUAAAGCACAGGAAAGAGUUAUGAUAAUAGUGUGGUAAAGGCAUUUGAUGUUUCAAUGUUUAGCCAAGCAGGCCUCCCUAAAAGAACAGAGAUUACAAUAGGCUGCUUAAGCUGUCCAUUCCAGGGGAAUCUGCUUAGCGACUACUGCCAUGCUAAGGUAAUCAGGUGAUCUAAGUUUAGCAUACCUUGCAGAGGUGAGUGCAACCAUGCAUUAAGCAGUGUGAUGAGAUUGUAAAAGGUGACAGCAGCACCACCCAUGUAGACAAAGUAUUUGUAUUACUCUGGUCUGCUGUGCUCAGUGUGGUAUUCACAAUGGUCAGGGACAUGAAAGUGUCCUUGUUUAUGAGUCUAACUGAGACUAUCUCAGGCUCAAAAAUGUGCAUUAUUGUACAGGCCAAGAAAUGCAGCACAGACAGACCAACUACUGCAUGCCCCAUUAGCUUCCACUGGAAUAUGAUGCUUAUCCUGUUUACUACUUCUGCCUUUAUGGUGAUCCAGUAUCAGAGGAGAUAGCAAAAUAUGCAUGCACUUGACACUAGGCCAGCAGCAGACAAACAGUGACAAUCCUAUCCAAAUGGAGCAUUUGGGGUGGGAGGGAAAAAAAUGCAGGUUAAACACAACAUAAAACAUUAACUGGGGAGAAACAGUGCUCACUGGUGAGAAACACUGAAGUUAGUCAUGGGAGAGCCAGUAAAUGAGUGCUUGAAAACAUGAAAGAAGGGUCUGAGCAGCCUUUAGAAAACAGGAAUUCAGUUAAUGGUCUUUGGGCCAAGUAUCACUUGAGGUAGGGGUAAAAAGCAACCUACAAGUAGCUGUGGUAUUGUCAGAAAUACUACUCUGUCUUUCAGAACAGUGAUGUGAAGGGAAACUAGGAAGGUACUGUCUGGAAUGGGACAAGAUGUGCAGCAGCUGGGCCUUCACCUGUGCAUUACUGCUGUGCUACUCCUUGGUAGAGGACAAGGCAGAGAGUUCCCUGGCAGUCUGAGCUGCCUGAAUAACUAUGUGACUACUGUGAAUUGCAUGUGGGCAAUGGAGGAGCCUGUGGGCGAUGGACCUUUCUACCUGCACUUCACAAACCUCUGGUCAAAGGGACAAAACGCCAGCUGCCAACUGACUGCCAGAGACAGUAUGCAGAAACAGUAUCAUUGCACAAUCCACUUAGCCAGCCAGAUCUUGGAAACAGAUGGUUAUAGAGUCUCUCUCCAAGGCAACUUCUUUGGGAGUAAUCAUACAUACAUUACCUUUCCAGAAUACAAUCCCCGUAAGCACAUAAAGCUUGAUCCACCUUUGAACAUCCAGAGCAACAUUACUGCAAGCAAGUGUCAGAUAUGGUGGAGUGUGCCUUGGUACCUCGUUGAAAUACUUCAAUACGAGUUGCAGUACAAGGAGUACAGCGUGUCAUGGGAGUUUGCAUUGAACAAGACACCACCCAGUUCACUACCACAAAUAGAAAUUGAAGGCACAGAGUUUCACAGUGGUGUCUCUUACAUUGCACGAGUUCGCUGCAAAGUUUCUGAAAAUGAGGAUUCAUACCAUAGUCAAUGGAGCGAGUGGAGCCAGACAACAGUGUUUCAAAGAGCAGAAGUGUCUGAAAAGCUCUUUAGUUCCAGAACUUUGCAGUUCUUGUUCAUUCCUCUGAGUUUUGGCACCCUGCUCUAUUUAUUUUGGAACUGCAAGCUUCCUUCAAGGGCAAAAAGCCUCUCCUGCUUUAACAUUCCCACACCAGCUGCUUUCUUUCAGCCACUCUAUAAUUUGCAUAAUGGGAAUUUUAAGGACUGGGUUGGACCUAAUGAAGCUUGGAAUCAACUCAGAAGAGAAGAGGCAAGCAACUCAAACAAAGUAACUACAGAUGGAGUUUCUGAGCUAAACACCCAGGAAUUCAUUUCCCAGAUUUCCUUGAAACCUGUGGAAAGCACAAAUCUUGUUGCUGCAGAAGAAAUGCUUGCAUCUGGUCCAAGCCAGCAGUAUGUCCCCAGCAGAUAUGUAAGAGCAGAAGAGAUGGAAGUCCAGCUGGCACUAUUCUUAGCACAAAACCAUGCUGAUGAUACAGUUGGCCUGAAAAUUUCUGAAAUAAUUAAAGCCAACCUUGACAGAUCUAGCAUGGGAAGGAGUUGUCCUUCUCACUUACAGCAUGGAAAGGGUGACUUCCUUAUGCUUCUGGAAUCUUUGGAGAUGGCAAAUGUGUCCUUCAGCAACAGUGACUAUUGCACCUUGUGUGACAAUGAUACCACAGGAGGUUUGAUUGCUGCUGAACUACUGAAGCUCUCUGAUGGUGAUGGUCUGGUCAAACAUCAGAAUGAUCAGAAUGGCCUUCCUUGAGGAAUGCUGCCCACAAAGAUCUUUUGCUGCCCUCUCAUCUCACAAUACUGUCUUUCCAAAUGGCUUAAAUGUUGUCUGUGCAGACAAUUACAAUCAUGUAUCAUUCUUAACUAAAUCUUUAAUUUUUCUACUUCAAGAAAAGAUUGUGACCCACUCCUCUACCCAGCAAAUACUACCCCUGGCAUGGCCAGGACUGACCACAGCAAAAUCUGCCAUCUCAGGAGACACAUGACCAUGCCUUUCCCCAAAGUAACCUCCUGGCAGCCACAGAAGUCCAGCAAUCCUCUAGUCUAAGGAUGCAGCAGCAGACCUGAUAUUUUUCCCUAGGAAGAACUGUUGUAAUUGCAUGCAAGAUAAUGCUUUCCAAACUUCAUUGUGAGACAGCUGUUCUACUCUCAGCACGUAGUUCUUUCCUCACUGUAAUUCAGAUUAACUCAACAUUUACUGUAGCCUGAAAACUAAUGCCUGCUGGACUGAGAAGCAGCAAUAUUUGCAAUGUACUGUAUCAUGAUUUAAAUCCAUUUGUUAUUUGAGAACUAUGUAUGACUCUUCAUAAAACCAUGAUUUUUUUUUUUUUUUUGCUAAAGAUGCUAAUUUUGCUUCUUAAUGUGGAUUCUAAAUAGAUUCAAAUGAUUCAUGAUUUCAUCAGAGUUUAGAAUUGCACUAUUUAAAAAUAAUUGGGCAGUGGGUCUUGAUCUUCAUUAUCCUGAAUAGCUGUAACUUUUUAUUUUGCAGAAACUAAGCCCCAUGUACUGCUUUGAUUUUAACCUAAGUGUAUUCCAAGGUUAGUUGGCUGGGAUGAUCUAAGGGAAAAAGGUGAAAAGCAAGAAUAAUACAACCAAGGUUUCAUCAUAAAACAGGCCAGGCCCACUACCUCUUCAGGGAUUUUAUUUUUUCUCCAGAAUUGACUAGUCUUUUGCCUGUCUGCUUAGCAGGUACAGCCUUUCUGAGCUCAGUUUCUGGAGUUUUACUCUCUGCCUUAGAGACAUAAAACCUUAUAUAUGGUUGAUUACCCACCAAGCAGAUUCCUGGAGUCUUAGUCGCAUCUCCUAAGUUUAAAGGUCUCAGCAGUUGUAGCAAGCAUACAGAGAAGUGUACAUGUACAUCUAUGCUAACUGGCACAUGUAUACCUACAGUUGUUCACAUUCAUUCACUCCUUCUCUUUGGGAAUGAGUCACAUGUUUCAGUUGACUAUUAGCAGUGACUAGUUUUAUCAUUGCAAAGUAAGAUUUCAUUUAUAAGUAAAAAAGUAGACUGACUAACUCUUCCCCAGAAAAUAUGUGCUAAGCCAGAGAACUAUUGUGGGAAGUCUUCAUCUGCAAGAAAAGCAGCAAAAGAAUGAAGUGUCCACAGCCAGCUUGGGAGACGGCCACAGAAGGUGCCAGCAAUGGUUUCUUUUCAGUGUGGUAAGCACAGGGAUUUUCUGAUAUCUGAAAAAUAUAUCCCUUUUCUGGUCCUUUGUGCUUUUUAUCUUGUAAAGACAAUAUUCAAGGGUGCUUUUUAUAUUAUACCACAAUCUAAUGGCAAGAAAAGAACCUGAUCAGUUGCCAUAAUCUCCUAUGCAGAAGAAAAUAGGUAAACCAAGACCACAUGCCUGCAGGAUUUUGGUGAUUCCCGAGCUUUUAGACCCCUUUUUAGACCAAGCUUUUAGUUUGGCUUGAUGCAGCAUUCCCAAGUUUCAAAUCUUCAGAGUCAGAGGGAUGUUUCCUAAAAUUGUCAAAUCAAUUGUAUCAUAAAUCUCUCAUAUCUAGACAGCCCUUGCAUACAAAUGUGUCUGCACAGAAAAUGAAGCAGUUUCAUGAAGUCUUGUUUACUUAAAAAGAUAUUCUAAAUUAGUAAUACAUGCAAAAGGAUAAAGGGAAUAGUUAUAAUCAGAUAUGAGCAUAAGGAGCAGCAGGUCUGGCUAUGGAAGGGAGAACAUAAAAUUUAACAAGAUAGAGAAGCAAAAGCAAAUAGAGACUGAAUGUAGUGUCUUUUUCUAUCACCACAGGCCUCUUCAGACCAGCAUAAGCCCUCAUUUGAGGGGAGAAUGUAUGCUCUUUCACAGAGCCAUCCACAUUUUCACUUAUGCAUACAUUCUUCUAGCCAAUAAAAUCACGAAAAAUUAAAAAUAGUCAUUUUAAUCUUCAGUAAUUUAAUCUAAUCUACAGAUCUGUUCCUGCUAGAGGCACUGCUGAAAUUCUGAAGAGAGAAGCACUAAUCAAGAACAGAGAUCUAAACUAUCAGUUUUAAAGCAAGAACUGUAGUAUUUGAUGACAUACAUAUUUUUGUGCUGGUGAUAGUAUUUGGUAAAGAGGAGGGGUUGUUCUUUUUAUGCUAGAAAAGGGAGUUAAUACACAAGGGGGGAGGGGUGCUUUUUUGUUUUUAACAGCAUGCAAACCAGGGAUUAAGUUGCAACACAAAGCUACAACGCUUGGAUUGCUUCUUCCUUGACAUUCAUGAAUAGAGCAAGUUAAUUGGCAAAAUCUGAAAGCCCUGUGUUAAGCCUUAUCGUUUUAGGGCUGUUGGACAGAUUGCUUUGAUCUACACACUUCUGAUCUUCACUGCAUAUUGCAGUGAAGCACAGAAACUGCUGCAGCAAUGUCAACGCUACACAUUGUGUGUCCACAGUCCAGUAUUAUGCAGUACUUGCCUGUGUCGAGAAGCAGUAUAGUUAUAUUAAUUUGAUACUGCAGACCCAAAACUAUAUGGCUUUCUGAGCCAAGCUGACUGAUACGAUGCCUAAUACAGGCAGUGCCAGAGUUGCGCUCUCCAGACAGCUCUAAAUAAAGCAUCUGUUUAAAACAGAAAUAGGGGCAUUGGUGUGGACAACUCAAGACUUUUUCAUAACAUGCUUUCACAUUCAAAAACAGACAAUAGGUAUCCUCAGAAUGAGAUUGAGAGUACUAGAGAAAAAAAUUACAAAUGCUUUCACAUAAAUCAAUAGCAUGCCUCACUUGGUUUCUGUGUGUAGAACUGGUUACCUCAUCUUUGCAAUGAGAUCACAGGUUUUAGUAGCUUGCACAGUAGUUUCCCACAGCUAUUGCAGUAGGAGGUGCAACAGUGCCAAACACAUAGGUACUACAACAUUUUGACUCCUACUACCAGUUUCUUCUUUUAAAAGAUUGUAUAUGCUAUGUAGAGACUGUUGAACCCUCACAUCACUUUCUCUUACAUUCAUGCCCUAAAAUCAUGAGGAAAUGGCCUCGAGUUGUACUAGGGGAGGUUUAGGUUAGAUACCGGGAAGAGUUUCCUCACCAAGCAUUGGAACAGGCUGCCCAGGGAAGUGGUGCGGUCCCCAUCCCUGGUGGUAUUUUAAGAGAUGUGUGAACUGUCUGAACACUGAGGGACAUAGUUUAGUGAUGGGACUUGGCAGGUCAGGUUGAUGAUGGAAGAUCUUUUCCCACCUAGAUGAUUCUGUGGUUUUAUGCCUCUCAUAACUUCUGAUGUUUGUUAUAUUCAAAGUUUUCCUCCUACUGCAACAAGGUUGUUAGCAUUUGCAAAUUGUGUAUUAAAAAAUAAUAUAUCUCUUUGGGUUUAAUACCAUACAUGUGAUUUUCACCUGUGCAGUCAGUUAUGAAAAUGCUUUCUGUAGCCACAAGAUUCAGAACACUGAUGGAAUACAUUUCUCUGUAAAGAAAA